UGUACUGUCUGCAGUCUCUGGUCAUCCCCUGUACUUUCCACAGUCUCUGGUCAUUCCCUGUACUGUCCGCAGUCUCUGGUCAUCCCCUGUACUGUCCGCAGUCUCUGGUCAUCUCCUGUACUGUGUCCGCAGUCUCUGGUCAUCUCCUGUACUGUGUCCGCAGUCUCUGGUCAUCUCCUGUACUGUGUCCGCAGUCUCUGGUCAUCUCCUGUACUGUGUCCGCUGUCUCUGGUCAUCUCCUGUACUAUGACUGCAGUCUUUGGUCAUCUCCUGUACUAUGACUGCAGUCUUUGGUCAUCUCCUGUACUAUGACUGCAGUCUCUGGUCAUCUCCUGUACUAUGUCCACAGUCUCUGGUCAUCUCCUGUACUGUGUCCGCAGUCUCUGGUCAUCUCCUGUACUGUGUCCGCAGUCUCUGGUCAUCUCCUGUACUGUGUCCGCAGUCUCUGGUCAUCUCCU